UGGCCCCGCAGGGCCGUGGCCACUCCCUCAACCAGCACAAGUGACAGAGGGCCUAGAUGACCACCGCACCCUCGGGGGAGGCCAGAGCUCCCAGCAUCCCCACACAUGGUGACAGCAGGCCCACGGACACUUCAACAGUGGGGUCCCAAAGUCAGGAGCCCCUCCUUGCAGAUGUCCCAACGGCUAACGGUGCCACCGUAUCACCUGAACAGCAGGAUGUAGAUCAGGCCUCCAUUGAGCAGGUCACCUCCCGGUCCUCAUCAGAAUCUGGGGACAAGGACAAACAUGAAGCUGCUGUAGGGGACAGCCAGGAGCCUAAGGAGGCCACGGCCCUGCUUGACCACCAGGCCUCAAACGCUCCACAGAUGCCCACAAGCUCCCAGGACCCAGCGUGGGAGGGACUGGUGCAAAAUGCAAGCAUGUCUCUGAGUCCUCAGACCUCCCAACGAGACCCCCUGGGGGAAGAAGAGACCCCACAAAUGUCGGGUACCCCGGACAGUGACCAAGAAUUAGCUCCAACUAUGGCAGCUGCUAAGGCACAGUUCCCCGGAAAGGACACUCAGCCCGCUGUGAGCUCUGCAGACUCGGGUGGUCAGGAGGACACUGAGACCACGGGCACCACCACCACCACUGAAGGAGGGACUCUUGAGGGGGAACCUGAGGGUCCAGAGACCUUGAACUCUGACACUGAAGCUUUGACUACCGCUGAGUCCCAGGGAGGGACUGAGGGGGAUUUGGUGGGCGGCUCAGAAUAUCUGCAGGCUGAGCAGCUCCCGCCCGCACGAGGAGGCAGUGCCCCCCCUUCGCCUGGCCCCCGCGAGGUGGCCCCGGGGAGGAGGCCCCUGGACGUCAGCCUUUAUACGGCCAAUGAGGACAACAGCUAUAUGCGCUCCAUGACCAGCCUGCUGGGCGGAGGUGAGGGGUCCAUCAGCUCCCUGGCAGAUAUCCUAGUGUGGUCUGAGACCACCAUGGGCAUGGCCACGGCCUUCCUGGCUUCUGGCCACAGCUCCGCGACAGACGUGCUGCAGAGCAGCGGGCCCAGCCUGCGCUCUGUCUCCAGCAUCCUGGGGAAUACCUUCUCCUCUGGGCUGAUGACAGGGACUGGCUCGGCCCUGCUCUCUGUCACCCACAUGCUGGAGACGGUGGAGCAGAGGACUAUAGGGGGCAUCCGCUCGGCCAUGCGCUACCUGAUCAGCCACCUCAGCCCACGCCGGGCCCCUGCCAGACCAGACCCUGACUAGAGGCUACGAAGGGAGCCCCAAAGGACCGGCUCAGCAACCUCCCGAGAGCCUGGGACCCGCAUGCCCCUGCUGCCUCGCCCACCCCUGCCCGGGCUGGCUCUCCCCAGAUCAGGCAAUAAAUCACUGGAUGGAUAACGAAUCCACAUCGUGAAGAGGUUAUGAGGCAUGAGGGGAACAAUGCAGGGCUUAACACAGGGUGCCUGGCACUUAACAAGCUCACACAGUUCAGCUGCCAUCAUGAUUAUCCUCCAGCGGUCUGGGGACAUGGUGGGAACAGGGAUCUAGUAGGGUGACCGACCAUCCGUGUUUGCCUGAGGGUUGGUCUGAACUAAGAGGGUUCCUGGGAGGUGGGACUUUCAGAUUUAAAACCAGGAAAACCCCAGGGCACCUGGGUGGCUCAGUCAGUUAAGGGUCAGACUUUGGCUCAGGUCAUGAUCUUUUAGUUCGUGAGUUCAAGUCCCGUGUCAGGCCCUGUGCUGCAGCUCAGAGCCUGGAGCCUGCUUUGGAUUCAGUGUCUCCCUCUCUCUCUCUGCCCCUCCCCUGCUCAUGCUCUCUCUCUC